AUGUUAGAACCCUACACACCUACCAAGCACGCAGUACUUUUCCUCAAGUCGGGCCCGACCAGCCCUAAUCAGUCAAAAUGCGCUAAAUUAGCUCGAAAAUUAAGCGAGUAUCAACACCCAUAUUUCGAGCAUCAAUCAACGGAACUGACUUCUCCUCCUCACCAUCUUCAUACAACUCACAUUGAAAAUGAGAGCAAAGUGGAGAAAGAAGCGCACUAG